AUGCCAGUGAACACAGCCUUUUCAACAUCUAUCGGAAUCACUUUAAUCUUGGGGACAUGGUUAACUUUCAGAGGCCCGCGGCGGAUGAAAGAACUUAUUGAAAAUUUAAACAGCGCACAAAAAGUGUUUGAAAGUUUAACUUUAAAGAGUCUCAACGAUGGGUAUAAACUAAAAGAAAUUGAAAGAAGAAAAGUUAAUUUGCUAAAAUUGUUUCUGGUAAUUCUUGUGUCUUUAUUAACAUUCGAGCUUUGGAUUGUAUUUCAAACGGGAUUAUCGACGAAAUUAACAAAGCAUGCAGCUCAUCUGGCGGGAAGCAAUGCCGUUAAGGAGAUUAUAAGGGUUAUGUUGUUUUGUUUCGGCUACUUAACCAUGCAUUCGUUAAAUAUGUUGUUCAUCUUUGUCGUUCUUGAGGUACACAUACUUCUACAAAUGAUGAACCAGCAGCUGAGGAUUCUUUCUAUCGAAAUGAAGCAAACAAACACAAAUGUAAAUAUUGCAAUGCGCUUCGCCCCAAAAACGUUACGUCAUCUAGCUAUGUUGUCCAUAUCUUUAAGUGAUCAGAUAAGAAAAUUAAAUAGUGAAAACGGAAUAUUUUUAAUAAUCACUCUCCUUGUAUCCGCGAUGUAUUUCGAAUUGUCCAGUUUUUCACUAAUUAUAGACUUCACUGAUAAAGAAAAUAUUUCUUUAGACAUUCUCCUGCACGUGACUAGGACAGCUUUUAAUUUAGCAUCUAUAGUAUUGCUGAUCGAACCGUGCCAAUGGAUAUGCACCGAGAUGGACGUCACUAAGAUGUUAUUAAAUCGGAUUAUGUAUAACAUACCUUCUUUUGCUGGAUGGUUGGAAAACGAGCUUUAUAUAUUUUUUCAUCUGAUUCAUGAGAAUGAAGUUUGUUUCUCACCGCUAGAGUUCUUUGUACUAGGAAGGCCGUUUAUUUUUAAGAUACUUGGAGCGGUCAUCUCUUAUUUAGUUAUUAUUUUUCAAUUUGACGUACAGGCUUAG